AUGACACGUAUAGAAAGGGAAUCAACUGCAGCGUAUAACUAUUUGGACGGACUUUCUAAAAAAGCAUGGUCCAUGAGCGGCGAUAAAAAGGGGUUGCGGCAUGGAGCGAUGACAACGAACUAUGCCGAGUCGGUAAAUGCGAUGUUUAAGAACCUCCGAGGGCUUCCCGUCACGGCUAUGUUGGAGGCAAUUUUUUUGAAGCUGAAUGACACUUUCUUUAAGCAUUGUGAGACCUACCAAAAAGCCAUCGCGAAUGGGUACCAUAUAACUGCAGUAUGUGGUGACACCCUACAGUAUAGGGGAACAAAGUCUCAAACUCAUAUUGCCACUGUCUACAAUUUAGGUGAAAAAGUAUACAUGGUGGAGACUAAGCGCGACAGUUUAACACGAAAGGGGGGCAACACACAUACAGUUGAGCUACUUAAUAAGAGAUGUACAUGCGGUAAAUUUCAACAAACAAGGAUACCAUGCUCUCAUGCAAUAGCUGCUUGUGUCCAACACGGGGAGGACCAUCGUCUUUACAUGGCCAAAUACUACAAAACUGAUUAUGCGAUGCGAGCUUGGAGCACUGUAUGUUUUAGGCCAUUGCAGGAUCGGUCUUAUUGGAUCACGUCAAGUCACGUCCCGUUUAUUCCAAAUCCAGAGUGGAAGAGACCGAGAGGAAGGCCUGUCGAAGGAAGAAGGAGAAAUGAGAUGGAUCAAACAUUUCGACCGGGAAAAAAUCCCCGCUUUUGCCGAAAAUGCGGGCUUCAAGGGCAUAAUGCUAGGACUUGUAGUACUAGACCUGUGGCGUAA